AUGGCAGAGCAGAACGGCCACGAUGUGGUAAAUCAACCCUUGCCGGGCGGCGAUCCUUCGCCUUCCGGCGUUCCUGCGAGCACCACCGACAAGAAACCUGCUGGAGGGGACGAGGGGGAGAUGAACACUACAACGCUAUCAGAAACAAAAUCGAAAGUUGAGCAAGGAGAUCAGAAAGCGAGCACGGUACCGCCGACAGAAAACGGCGACGGGGAAAAGGACGGUGAACAAGCCUCUACAGUGAGUAUCUUGGGUGCAGAUUCCGGGGACCAAGACUUAACCGAUACAGGACGCUUCAAAGCAAGGACCGGGGUCAGUCGCAACAAGGGCACUUGA